AUGUGAUUGAUUUCUGCCCAUCAACUUCCGGGGUAAUUGUGGUUGGAGCGCAUGUGGCUCGCCAAAAAACCCAUUUAACAAAGGAAUAUAAUGAGCUCUGAAAGGGGAAAUGUCACAAGAAAGCGAGCACAGAAGCAUCAAAAUUGUAUUGCGUUUAAAAAUGACAAGUAUGACAAAACUAAUAAGAUAAAGAGACUAAACGCUAUCGUGCUUGAAGGUGUAUGCAAAAGAUGUAAGGAAGUGUUGGAAUGGAAAAUAAAAUAUAGCAAGUAUAAGCCACUCAGUCAGCCUCGGAGAUGUGUUAAAUGCCUUCAGAAGACGGUGAAGGAUUCUUACCACAUUAUGUGUAAACCAUGUGCUUUCAAACUGGAACUCUGUGCCAAAUGUGGGAAGAAAGAAGAGAUUGUGCACCCGUUGACUUCUUCAGAAACCCAAACCAAACAAGAUGAAGCUGAAACAAAUCCUGGCACAAGAGGUUGCGUAAAGGGAAGCGAAGACGAUGAGGAUGGAGAUGCUGAUAGCACUGAUGACUCUGACCUCAAUGGUGAUGACGGCAGUGAUGUUAAUGACGAAGCCAAAUCCAAUGAGAGUUCAACUCAUCUAAACACCCAUGAAAAUGACACAGCAUUGCAGAAAUCAAAACCUUUGAAGAGCAAACUAAUUGCUACACAGGGAGAGCUAAAUAUUUCCUCUCUGAAUCUUGAGGAUUGAAGCCACAAAGGGUAUGCCAACACAGCUUAAUCAUUGUCAUGGGUGGCUACAUAAAUGUAUACUGGGUUUAAUGUGUCUGACAUGCACAUCAACUAAGCCACGUUGCCGUUAACCUUCUUGGCUCAGACAGGAACAUGCAGUACUGCCAGAAUGAUAUUGUGAAAGAAAAUGGGUAGAGAGAUUAUUGCAAGAGUGUUGCCUUUCAGUUACACUCAUCUCUUGCACACUCGGGUUUAUAUCCUGAAUCGGCUAUGCGAUGGUGAGCUUGCACACGCUUAGCACUCAAGUGUAAAGACAGGUUUCAGGAUGAUCAGCCAUGAUCACAGUGAAUGGCGGCGCUGGCUUGAAGGGCCAAAUGGCCUAUUCCUGCGCCUAUUGUCUAUUUCCCACCCCGCAACAAUUAUCAGACAAUCAAACUGAUGCCCUGGAAUGCAUGGACAAAAUGUGACCUAACCAUAUUUACGAUUUAGCAAUGAUUAUUGCAGCAUCCACAUUAAAUAUUAUCUUUUGAAUUUAUGAAAAUUUGACUAAUUAUUAUUAACAAGCAGUUGCUGCAAAAUAGGACGAUUAACUACAUUCUAUUGUAGUGGCCUGACUUUCACGUUCUGCAGGAUUGCUGUAUUUUAUUAAUUGUCUUUAAAAUAAAAGUAAAUUACAAUC